UUUCUGAGAAACUUUUCCUCAAAACUUGCGUAGUAUUACUAGUAUUUACCGUGGGAUUUUCUGCGUGAUUUAUCGUCAAUGAAGUGUAAACAGUGAAACAUUAAACGAAAAUUAAUUGUAAUGGAAGUUCUAAAAGACUACGACAAUGCAGACACGAUCAGUAUUGAUACCUUGGCGCUUGAAGAACUUCUCGAAGAGGAAAGGGCGAGAGAAUUGGCCGACUUAAACUCCCUGAGUAAAAAAGUGGGUCACCUUCAUACAAGUUUGCUGUAUUAUCGCAACUCAAAGUCUAAGAUGGGUGCAGCGAGCUAUGAAACUUGGAGGACGCUGGUAAAGAAGGUCGGAGGCACCCCUGACGGUUGGAGGGACCUUGGCUACAUUUUAGGCAUACCACAGGAUGAUUUAGAUUACAUAUCUAACUCAAUGAAAUAUGAACCAGACCCAACAAAUGUAGUACUUAAAGUGUUCAUGCAAGAUGAAGAUUCAACGUUGGACAAAAUUAUAGACGCUUUCCUGAAGCUGAAGCGCUACGACAUAUUAAAAGCACUCGAGCAGUCGCUCCUUGAUCUCACACAAUGCUUUAACGAUAAACCAGAAGACAGUGGUUAUCAUAGCAAUAGCAAAAACGUACAGCGGGAAAUAAUAAGUUACAUGAAAAAUUUGGUCAACGACUUACCUCCGGCCUUAUCGAAAAAUAAAGACCACAACCAGCCGAAUCCGGUACCAAGAAUACCGUUAAAUCCAGUAGAUAUUAAUGUGCAAAAGGAUGGGCCUAUUCUGUUUCUUACAUAUGCGGAAGAUGGUUUACGGACAGCUUGUAAUAUUCAGCAAUUGGUUGCCGGUUGGGGUUCAGAAGUUACGGUGGUUAUGCUCAAUGAUAGAAGGGAUGAAGUUUAUCAGAAUCCCGAGAGGUUUAUUAGGGAGUAUGUGGAAAAGGCUGACUAUGUAGUACCCAUCCUCACAACGGGCUACCUAAGCGCAAUAAAAACACACAACACCAGCGCACCAAGCACCAAUGGAAACUUAGACCACAAAUACGUCAACUAUGUCUACAAUUUGAUCACCGGACAAUAUAUUUAUGCAGACGGGUGUCUAAAUAAGAAGGUUAGGAGUGUAUUGCCGGAAGGAGUGUUCGUUCCUUGGAUGUUGAUAUCGUCUUAUCCGGUAUUGAAACCGUGGACUUGUGAGUCAGAGUUUGAUAAGCAGUUCAAAUCGUUUCUAGGGUUGACUGGCUCAUAGUUGGAGGUAUUAUUGUAUCUGUUU